GAAGCACAUGAUUUUAAGAGGCACUCAAUUUAACGUCCAUGUGGCUCCAAGUUAGACAUGGAGCUACAUUAUUGUUUGGACUGUGAGUAACACCACAGUGUUAAGCAACUAAUGAGGAAUGCAAUAUUGCAGCAUAAGAUAUAGAGUUGAAUGAAGUUUUUACCCAGCACCAGCACAUUAGUUUCUGUUGACCAGGAUCUAACUCAAUUCUCUCAUGGAUAAUACUUGGUUUUUUAACCUUAAUUAAGGAAUAAUCUUAUCUUAGCCACCGUUAGAUGUUUGAUAACUAAAAAUUGAUUUCUUUCCCCACUGCCAGACUCCUUUUCAAAAGCAAAUUUCAUUAUGUGUAGAAAAUAGCGUAGACUUUUCUUCCACCGUACCGAAAGGAUAAAAUUUUACUCUUCAAUAAUAUAGCACAAUUAUUAAAUAUUUGACUGACUCGUGGGUGUAUUAUUACAAAUAUCUAUCCACCUCUGACUAGGGAGAGUGUUGUGGUUUGCUUCACGGAUUGGGUUUGUGGUUCAUUGAUGGUAGUCUUACACUGACACCAACUACCAAAGAAGCCUUUUGGGACACCCUUCAUUAAACACCAUAAACCAUUCUUGCUUUCRCUCUACAAAAAAAAUAAAUAAAUAAAAGAAACGCCACUAAUUUCCUCUGCCUUCAAAAAUUACAACAUCUUCUUCUUCUCAUAUGGCUCUUGCAAGUUUUGUUACAGCAUUGUCAUUUCUGAUCCUUCUUCCCACAGUUGAGCUUUCAACCGCUCAUUUUCUGAAAGGGAACGUCUCCUGCCUUGACUGCCACGCCUCCUAUGAUCUCUCAGGGACGGUGGUGAUGGUGAAGUGCGAUAAGGUAGACAAGGUGGUUACAGCAACUACGGGAAAGGAUGGGUUUUUCGAGGCGGAGCUGCACCCCAGUUCAGAUGGCCGCGACUGCGAGGCCAGGCUCGCCGGAAGGCCCAACCAGAUCUACUCCGCCACAAACACCAUUGUCGCCGGAAUCGUAAGGGGUGACGGCGGCGUCUACGGCAUCUCCACUCCGCUGGCGUUCUGCACUGCUUGCCGCUCCAUCAGCAGUGAAGCCGUCAAAUAUUGCAAGGCGGCCGGAAGGAAAUUCGGUUCCUCCAAGACCUUCAACCUUCCUCUGCCGCCGGAGUGGGGCCUGGCGCCGUCCAGCUACUAUUUCCCUUUCUUCCCCAUCAUUGGCGUUCCUUAGAUAUAUUCAUAUUCUACUAUACAUAUAUUAUAUUAUAUGUAUGUAUUCGUCUAGGUGUUGUCUCUCAAUCUUCUUACUUGCACUAUUAAAAAUUUGACAGUUACGUUUAAAAUAACUGUUAAAUUUUUCACAGAGGUAAGUAAGAAAGAYAUAUAGAUGACUGAUAAGGU